UUCGAGUCCCAUGUUGGGCGCCAUUCGACGUAUUCGUACCGGUAAUCAAAAAACCUGUGAUAUAAGUGAAUUGUGAAAUAAAAAAGUGAUGUGGAUUUAACUUCCUUGGAGACAUAAAGCAAAUGUUAUUAUAAAACUAACAAUAUAUCUAACUUUGUGAUAAAUGUAAGUUUCGGUAUUUUUUAACUCUGAGUGAAGUGUCACGUGACGUCUCUGUCCCAGGACUUUGGACAAGUUCCGUUUCUUUUUCACGAAUUGGCUGUUCUUUAAUAGAUGAAUUAUUCAAUGGCGUAAAAUAAUAAGAAGAUAUAUGAAUAAUGUUAGAACAUGGAUGAAAAGAUAUCUGACGGGAUGAGAGAGGACAAGUGAAUCAUGAUCACCAAAAUGCUUCUGUCGCUGAUGCUGCACUGCUUCUACGUGACCACCGCUUCGAUGCCCGCUGGAGGUGUUGCAGGUGUGAAUGUAAACGUGGAUCCUCGAGCUGAACGGCCUUACUUUGACGACGUGUCUCCUCGAAACGUGUCCACCGUCGUCGGCCAGUCCGCUGUGUUGAGAUGUCGCGCCAAACACAUAGGAAAUAGAACGGUGUCGUGGAUGAGGAAGCGUGAUCUUCACAUUCUGACUUCCCACAUCUUCACGUAUACCGGAGACGCCAGGUUCAGCGUGCUUCACCCUGAGCCCUCGGACGACUGGGACCUCAAGAUAGAGUACGUGCAGCCGCGAGAUGCUGGCGUCUAUGAAUGUCAAAUCAAUACGGAGCCGAAGAUAAACAUGGCAGUCGUCCUCAGUGUUGAAGAUGAGUCCCUCACACCCGCGCCUCAGCCUCCGGUUCGAUCCUCAGCUGCUGCAGCAACCAUCUGGGGCUCUCAGGAUGUGUACGUGAAGAAAGGUAGCACAAUAUCGCUGACAUGCUCAGUGAAUGUACAUUCCUCGCCGCCGUCAAGCGCCUCAGUGUUAUGGUAUCACGGAAAUGCAGUAGUGGACUUUGACUCUCCUCGCGGCGGCAUCAGCUUGGAAACCGAAAAAACAGAAGGCGGCACAACGAGCAAGCUCCUAGUGACGAAAGCGGCGCUCACAGACUCAGGGAACUACACCUGUGUUCCGAAUAACGCACAUCCUGCCUCAGUAUCUGUGCAUGUGCUUAAUGGAGAGCACCCGGCGGCGAUGCAGACCAGUAACCGCGCCUCUUCCUUCCUCACGUCCCAGCUGAGCUGCGCCGCGCUCACAUACCUGCUGUCUUCGAUGGCUUGCAGAUGAUCACCUUAAUGAGCCGGAUUUGGAUCUUUUGUUGAGCGAUCCGACGAUUUAACACAUGUCUUAUUUUGGGUAUUCUUUAAAGUGAACUCAUUUAAUCAGUAAGAAUGUUUAUUAUCUGUUUUAAUGUUAUUUGCGAUGACAAAGGUUCCAAGCUCCAUUUAUAAAAUCUAUGAAUAAGCGAUUAUGGUUGAUUGUUAUGUAAGAUGAAGAAAAAUUUUAUUAGUUACAUUUUAUAAUAAAAAUAUUGUUGUGAAACAGUUACGAUGUUGGUCAUGUUGGUCAGUCAUACUUUCUCAGCUGCAUUUUAAAUUAUAAUAAUGCAUACUCUAAACGAAACUGCAUCUUUAUAUACGUUUUCAUACAUUCCAAAUUAAUUUUUCAGACUUAAAUAUUUAUUUGCAUUCCAUUUUAUAUAAUUAUUUGAUUAGUUGUCAAAUAUUUUAAUCGUAAUAACUUUUGGGCUCGAACGUAAUCCGUCGUUGUUUUUAAUAUUAUAAAUGUAAAUCGCCGUUCUGUAAAUAAGCCUGAGUCCAUACGUAAAGUAGUCACAAUCACACACCAUUGUACAUACAUUGAACUGUUGUAAAUAAUUAUAUAAUAAAAUUAUAAUGCGUAGUUGUUUCACCUGUGUAAGGUUAAUAUUAUUUUUUGUUCCUAGAACGUGUAGCAUUAAAGGGGACCUCUUUUCGUUCCGAACGAUUAUUUUCUAUGAAAUUUAAUAUUUACCAAGCUCGGUUAAUGAGUAUACAUUUAUUUUAUUCAUUCCGUGUAUUAUCGGAAGUCAUGAAUUAAUAUGUAAUUAAUUGUGCUGCAAUUACUUUUGUGAUAUUUAUAUUAUAUUAUUUAA